AUGACGGGGAGACCGUGUAUGGAUGUUUGGGGGUGGGAGGAGUGGGUUAGACACUUGGACGUGCCGCCGUGUCGCUGUCAGUUCAGUGGUUCUGGCCCCAGACUCAAAGCAGCGAUGGCGUCGCGUCGCGUGGGUUUCUGUCUGAGCGACAAGAAGCGCCGGAGGAUGAACCUGGACGCCUUUUCACAGUUCUGUGCGGGCCAUGGAAUACAAGUAGUGGAGAUAAACCUGAGCCAACCUCUGGAGCCUCAGGGGCCUUUUGACAUUAUUGUUCACAAACUGUCUGAUGUUAUAGUGGAGGCCGAACAUGACAACCAAUCACAGCUGCUCCUCGCCAACUUCCAGAAGUACGUGUCAGCCCACCCUCACACUGUCAUCCUGGACCCUCUACCCGCCAUGACCCAGCUCCUUGACCGCUUCGCCUCGUAUCGCAUCAUGAGCAAACUGCACAACUCACUCAGAGACUGGCACAUCUGCAGCCCUCCAUACCUCGAGGUCCCCAGUGACUCCGACCUGUCGUCCAUCCAUCGAGCCGUGAAAGAGCACAGCCUCAGCUUUCCUCUUAUUUGUAAAACAAGAGUGGCUCACGGUUCCCUUUCUCAUGAGAUGUCCCUGAUCUUCAGUGAGGGGGGGCUGGCUGAUGUUCACCCUCCCUGUAUCCUGCAGAGUUUUGUGAACCACGGAGCUGUUCUACACAAAGUGUUUGUGAUCGGAGAAAGGCACUUCUGUGUGGAGAGACCCUCACUCAAGAACUUCCCCUCUGGGCCCUGUGACAGAAAAACAAUAUUCUUCAACAGCCAGCAAGUGUCCAAACCAGAGUCCAGCUCAGACCUGAAUGCACUGGAUGAGAAGAUGCCGUUGCUGCCCACGCCCAGCUCUGAGGCGCUGGCUGCCCUGGUGAAGGAGCUCAGGGCUCAGCUGGAGAUGGCUCUGUUCGGGGUGGAUGUGAUAGUGAACAUCCACACUCACACCAUGACUGUCAUAGACCUUAAUAUAUUCCCAGGUUAUGAAGGCGUGCCCCAGUUCUUCUCAUCUUUACUGGACCACAUUAAGACUUUGCUGGACAGUGGACCCUCUGACCCUCAGGUGACCACCUCCAACGAGUCCUCUAUUACCAACAGCAUUUAACUGCACAGUGUUUAAUAUAGGACAAACUCUAUUCACUUUAUUUAAACAAAGCUAUUCUCUGCUUCUGAGUAGAAAUUAUGCAUUAGAAAAAGCUUUGUCAAUGAUUUCAGCUUCUGCUGUUUACUUUACUUUGGGUUAUACUACAGUAAAAAUGUAAAUAAUCGGAAUGAUAUUGUGGAAAAAAUUGCUUAUGGGUGUAAGCUUGGUUUUAAUUAUAUUCUAUCCAUGCUAAGAUUAAACUGAAUGUGAAAAUAAUGUAAUUUUAAAAUGAAAUCAAAAUGAAGUUGUAUCUUUUCUCUGUAUCCUUAUUUGUUGACAAAAGCGUAUACCGCCUACAGCUCUCUGAUUGGCCAGUAUUGGUGUUUGUUUGUUCACUUUUGUAAUUCAUCUCAUUGUGUUUUUAUUUUCUCCAGUCCAACAUAAAAAUAAUGGUUUCUAAUGCGCCAGUAACUCACAUUUUGACAAUAUUCUAGUCUUACCAUAUGUUAUUCUGUAUGUCACAAGAUCUUGACUGUGUAUUUGAAACAUGAGCUCUAUACAAUGCACUUUAUUUAGCAAAAAAAAGUGUCUGAAUAAAAGAAAAUAUCAAAUCA